AUGGUCAAGACACUCCAGUUCCAAAAUCUCACCGUCAACUCCCCAGGUUUUGGAGCCAUGGGACUCAGCUUUGGUCUAGGCAGCAACCUCUCCUUAGAGCAAGCAGAGCCCGUCCUGCUGAGAGCCCUCGAACUCGGCUGCACAUUCUGGGACACCGCAGUCGUCUACCAAGCCGGCGUCAACGAGAAACUGCUUGGCGACUUCAUCAGGAAGCACAACGUUCGCGAUAAGAUCUUCAUCGCCUCCAAGUGCGGUAUCAAAUGCCUCAAUGGAGAGUCAGGCAUCACAAACUCCGCCAGCCACAUCAAGGAAUACAUUGACGGCACAAUCGAGCGUCUCGGCUUCACACCAGACCUCUACUACUUGCACCGCAUUGAUCCCAACACCCCUCUCUCAGAGUCUAUCCCCGCACUUGACGAGGUCCGCAAGGCGGGAAAGACAAAAUACAUUGGACUGUCUGAGUGUUCGGCAGCGACCCUCCGCAAAGCCAACUCGAUCGCCAAGAUUGACGCUGUGCAAGCCGAGUACUCUGCCUUCGAGACCCUUCACGAGACCGACGGCCUGAUUGACACCGCCAAAGAACUCGACAUUGCAUAUGUCGCCUACAGCCCUCUAGGCCACGGCUGGCUGGUCGACAACUUCGACUACGCGUCGCCGGACGACUUUGCACCAGACGACUUCCGCCGUUCGGUGCCCAAGUUCCAGGGCGAAAACUUCUACAAGAACAAGGCUAUUGUGGAGGAGGUGAAGAAGCUGGCGAGCAAGAGGGGAUGUUCGACGCCGCAGAUUGCGCUUGCAUGGGUUGCGGCGCAGGGCAUGAUUGCGAUCCCGGGAACAACGAAGAAGGGGAGGCUGGAGGAGAACUUUGCUAGCAGGGAGAUCGAGCUGACUGACGAAGAGAAGAAGGAGAUGAGGAGGAUCAUUGAUGCUGCUAAGCCACAUGGCAACAGGUACGCGCCGGCGCAGCAGGCCGCGGUGGGGCAUUGA